AUGAGCUGGAAAGCUGGCUUUUGGGCCUUUGCGCGCGAUGAUCGUGUCGUGUUGCUCGGCAUUGGCUUGGCCGCUUUCAGUGUAGUCAACACCAUAAUGAUAGGCUUGAGGCUGGUUCGAGAUGACAACGAGAUACCUCCUGUGGAGCCCAAAACGCAAUAUAUUACGCAAGACACAGAGGACGCUCUUCAGGUGAGCACGCUGGCGAAGCUCCUCGAGCACCCCAACUUCUCAAUACGGGACAUUGCCACCAAGAUUCUCUGCGACAGAGCUGUCAAUGACCCGAGCGCCGUGACAUACCUGUUGUACGGCAUCACAGUAAAGAGCUACGACGAGCGUCUGUAUUGCUUGCGUGCUCUGUCCGUGCUCACAGCCCAGACUUUUGGGCUCGAUGGAAUAUCCAAAUUCAAUACCCCAAAAGCUUAUUCAGCUCUUGUUCGAUCACUAGAGCAGAGCCUCGACGAUGCAGAACCUCCCGUUGUGACAAACAUUCACUGGGACGAGUACUAUCUCCGCGACACGACGGAGAGAUUCUGUCUCAAGUUCCUUCAAGAAUUAACAAGCAAGUAUGGCGCGAACCUGCUUGUCAAGGCAAAGUUUGUGGAAAAGUGGCUCGUCAAGCAGAAUUGGGGAGACUCGCCGGAAAAGCGCAAGAAGCACUUCAAGGCCUACAAGGAGGCGCGCAGCAACCGCAUCGUCGACAUCCUCACCAGGGUUGAGCAGUGCCGGCGCGGGCUGCGCGCGCUCGAGAGGGCCGGGCUGGUGGAUAAGGAUAACUCGCGCCGGCGUAUGCGCGAGUUGCCGGACCUCCUGAUGGAGGUUGGCGACGUGAUAGGCGAGGCGCCUCCCACCGACCCUCAGCUGCGAAGGGCGCGCGAGCAUUCGGCCGAGGAGCGGCGGCUGAGGAGACAGCACCGGGAGGCGAUGGUGCUGAAUGAUGGGACGCGGCCGCUGGCCCGUGAAGAUAUUAUCGAGCGAGACCACGGCUCUCCGGCUUGA